CAAACUAAAUGCUCAACCACCUUUCUUUGUCCUUUCUCGCUUCUCUCUUCUCCCUUCUCUAUCUUUAUUCUUCCAUUUCAUCCAAACAUGGUCUCAUCAGCUGCUAUGCUCUUACUUCUACUUUUUCUCUUCCUCGCUGGUCUCUUUAAUAUUUACUUCUAUGCUCCUUCCAAGAAGCUGUGUUCUUGGCUCCAAUCUUUUCUCUUCAAGAAUCCUUCAGCUUCUUCCGAAGUUUCUCCACAGAUGAAAAGGAACACUAGCACUUCUUGUGAUAAUAGCAAGAACAAGGGACAGCUGAAAAGUGUGUUUGCUACGUUUGACAAGAAUGGCGACGGGUUUAUAACAAAACAUGAGCUGAGAGAGUCACUCAAGAACAUAAGAAUCUUCAUGACGGAGAAGGAAGUUGAAGAAAUGGUGGCAAAGGUUGAUUCUAAUGGAGAUGGGUUGAUAGAUUACGAAGAGUUUUGCUUCUUGUGCGAGGACAUCAUGGGAGAUGGUGGUCAAGAAUUAGAGGAUGAUGGUGGGAAUGGAGAAGCAGAAGGGCAAGGAGAUUUGAAGGAGGCAUUUGAUGUAUUUGAUAGAGAUAAAGAUGGAUUGAUAUCUGUGGAAGAACUUGGAUUGGUAUUGUCUUCUUUGGGAUUAAAGGAAGGAAAAAGAAUAGAAGAUUGCAAAGAAAUGAUUAAAAAGGUUGAUAUGGAUGGAGAUGGAAUGGUUAAUUUUGAUGAAUUUAAGAGGAUGAUGAGGAGUGGAAGCACCAAGCUUAUCCCUGUCUGCUAAAAACUAUUCUCAAUCUCCAAUUUCUCCAUGCAUGCUUCUAUGAAAUUCUCUGGUAAGUCUAUUAAUUAAAAUUCUCUUCAUAUUUAUGAACUUACUAGAAUGAAACAGGAGCUAAGCUAGCUUAAUUAUUCCUGUUUCUUGCCUACUUAACCAACUUCGGUUCAGCGACAGAGGUAAGUAUAUGAGCAUGAAUGGUCUUCUUCUGAUCUAACCUUAACCAGGAGGAAUUUUUUUUUUUUUUCAAACCUCAGCUGUAACAUAUACAGCAAGCUUGAAGCUUUUCGUUUAGUAGCAGUGGUAGAUUAAUAUUAUAAAUUAAGGCUUUUUUUACUCUUAAUAUGUAUAUACUUGUGCAUAUUGUGCAUUAUCUUUUAAUUUCAAUUGUGUGUGCUUUUUCAUGCUCAA